AUGUGGCGGUUGAAAGCAGUUGGCCACAAAGCCCGUCGUUCUGACAGCAGUUUGGAGGAGUUCAAACUGAAGAGGAGAGAACAUGAAAAAGUGCUUAGGCAGGCCCGGAGAGAUAAACAGCUCGUCAGUAAAAGACUCCUACUGCAUGAGGAUGAGGUGGAAGGGCAGAUGGACAUCAGCAGCGUGCCUGUAUCUCAUGAUCAGGUGUUGGAGAUGGUACGAAAGGUCCAGUCUGGGGGUGUGGAGAAAGUGGCUCAUCUGAGGGUUUUGAGGAGAGCCUUGCGUAACCCAGAAGUUCAGCUCACCUUUGUGAAACUGGAGAAUAGUAUAUAUGUUCUGGUGGGCCUCCUGAGUGGUUCUGAUGCCCAGUGUCGUUUAGAGGCAGCCCAGUGCUUCCAUGAGCUGUCCCAUUCUUCUGACGUCACAGUGGGCUCUGCCUGCCUCCCUGCCACCCCAUACCUUCUCACCUAUCUCUCUGGCCAGAGCGCCAAGCUUACGGCGCUGUGCCUUUACACUCUAGGUAAUCUGUGUGCAGAGAGCAAAGCAGUAAGAGAGAAACUGUUGGCUCAGGGUGUAGUGGCAGCACUGGCAAACUGCACUGAGAAUCAGAGGUCAAACCUGGCCGUGAUGGAGGCAGUCGGAUUCACCCUGUCCCAACUCAUCCAGGCCAAAGAUGCCGCUGAGAAAAUCAUCCCCGUGGUCUUGGGCUCUGGUGUUAUCCCUCGCCUCUUGUCAAUGCUGACUCCAGAUCCUCAGUUUGGUUUAGGGCCAGCCAUCGAAUGCGCAUGGUGUCUUCAUUAUCUAAGCAGCAGUGACGUGGACACUGGAGUGCUGGUGAACCAAGGGACUCUUUCGCACUGCAGUUCCAUUUUAAUAGCACUGGGUGGAACUUUAGCCAGAGGAAGCACUGAGGAAGGCAUUGAGCUGUUGCUUUGGCCAUUGUUGCGUUGCCUAGGUAACCUGUUGGUGAGUUUGGAAGGCGAGAAUCCUGAACUCUAUGUUGAGGACAGCCGUAUUCUGGCCGCCCUGUGUGUGUUCACUCAAACUUACCUGCAGCCUCACCCUGCCCUGGCCAGAGAGAGUCUGUGGGUCCUCAACAACCUCACAGCUGGUUCAAGUGUGUUCUGCUCAGCUCUGCUGUUCUGUAACCUGGUCCCGGUUCUGAUCCAGCUCCUGCCCUUCUCCCAGGGAAUCAACACUAUGGUCCUCAGAGUUCUUGGUAACGUUGCACAUUAUGGGAUGGAAUACUGUGUCCAGUUGACUCGAGCAGGAGUGUUAGCAGCGCUUUGUGCCACGCUCAAAAUGGCUGACCCCGAGGUCGUGAUACUCAGUCUGGAAGUGCUGCAUAUGCUGUUAGCUAGUAGCCCACAGGUGGGGGAGGAGUUUACGCGACAAAACGGUGUACCUUUGCUGGAGGCCAUCCAGUACGACAGCGACGGAGAGAAACGACUCCGAGCCUCCUACAUUUUAGACAAUCACCUCUCUGCACACUCCUCUGCAAGUUAAAAUCACCUCCCCCUCCUUCAGGAAGGAUUUAUUUCACCUUAAGUUCUCCCCACAAAAAAAACUUUCGCACAGGUGUCGUCUUCACAAGCAUCA